CUUUUGCUUUUGUAUUUUAUUAUUCUUUUGGAUAUCACUUUUUGGACUCAGUUCCCUAAUGUGAUUAACAAACUAAUGCUAGAAAAUACAGGAAUUUUCCUAUUAAGUAAACUAAGGGCUUUUUUCUUCAGGUAGCCAAAGUAGAAAUGUUUAAUCUCUUUCUCUUAUAUGUUCACAAAAAUAGUUCUUAAUUUGCAUACAGAUGUCAGCUUGUACCUUUUAGCCGGAAAUUGCUUCAAUUUACUGUGUUUACGGAGGGUAUCUGGUUGGAAGUAAAUGCAUGACUUGUCCUACCCUAAAUCCCAGUGCAGAUGUGCAUAGUUCCGUUUAUCAGUGAAUGCUGACCUUGCUCAUGCAGCAAUUACAGGGCACAAGCCAAGGAAGACCACCUGAUUUGCAUUACAUUUAGUCCUAGUGGAUAAAUUUGGUCACAUGGUUUUGGUAACUCUAGCCUAGUUCCUCUGCAGCUGAGCACAUAGAUAGAACAGACCGAAUGCAGUGUAGGUCACAGCUCAACCACCGAUAUGGGAAAGUGGCAAGAAAUGACAAAAGAGGAGCUGGAGACUCAGUACUCCCCAAGCAGGUGGUCUCCACGGCUAGAUAAGGAUGCUGUGAUCGAGGCUCAUGUACAGGCAGUGAGCAAAGGUACCCAAAAUGCCCAGGCUGCCACCCAGACUCUGCUGAAUGUGCCCUAUGGGUUGGGUGAAGGAGAGAAACUUGAUGUGUACCUUCCUAAAGAACAUUCAGAAACCUUUCCCCUGGUCCUCUAUAUUCAUGGUGGCUACUGGCAAUUCUUGAGCAAAGACAUUUCGGGCUUCACUGCAGGACCCCUCACCACCCACGGCAUUGCCUUAGCUGCAGUUGGCUAUGAUGUGGCUCCGAAAGGUCAGCUGGAGGUGAUGGUCAGGCAGGUGCGACAAAGUGUGGCUUUUGCAGUCCAGCAGUACACAGGGAUCAGUGGUAUUUAUCUGCUUGGACAUUCAGCAGGGGCCCACCUAGCUGCCAUGGUGCUCUCCACAGACUGGGCAGAAUUUGGUGUUGUGCCUAACAUCAAAGGAGCCUUUCUGGUGAGUGGCAUCUAUGAUCUGGAGCCCAUCAUCCACACCUAUGUCAAUGAUACAUUGCGCAUGGACAGGGUGGUGGCCCAACAGAACAGCCCUGUGCGCUAUGUGCCGAAGUUGGAGGGCAGGAGAGAUUGUCAGGUACUCGUUGCUGUAGCACAACAUGACCCACCAGAGUUCCACCGGCAGUCCCAGGAGUAUUUUCAGGCUCUUCGUGCAGCCGGCUGGAGUGCCUCCCUGCUGGACAUGGGUGACACAGAUCACUUUGAUAUCAUUGAGAAGCUCACUCAGGAGGACUAUGUCCUCACACAGAUUAUUUUGAAAAUGAUAGCAAGAGGCUGAUGGCUGGAAAGGGAUGAAAUCCUCACCCUGCUGUUCUGUCUCCAGUUAUGCAGAGGACCUGUACUGAUCAUACUACUGCCUUCUCAUACCAUCUUCCUAUUUUCAUUUAUUUCAAACUGCAAAUGGACUUCUGUCACCCUCCUUUCUCAACUGCAGUUGUAUCCAGUUGAGAGAUCUCCAUGGAAGAGACAAGCCUGAACUCUGAAAUGCAUUCCCCUUAAUUGUUUUUGAAGUAAACACAUUUCCUUUCCCAUUGUCUGCCUGGCAGAGAGACUUCUGGAUCCUACUCCUGCAAUAAGUCCUUCUCUUGUGGUUUACUGAGAUGAGAGCAUUAAAUAAAACCAGGGCAUAAAUUGCAACUGCA